GUAAAACCAGAGGGUGGUGGGGUGACUACAACUAUUCCGUCCACAACACCGAGCACAAGUUGGUGUCAUGCACCUAGUAAAUCCUACCUCCACAGGAUCAUCUGCGCCAGGGUGUUAGAAUAAACCACGGCAUUUACUUGAGGCAAAAUCCAUUCCCGAGCUAUUUAGGAUUGACUGUCAGCGCACUCCUUACGAGACCACUGAGGCGGCUUGAGCGUCACUGACAAGAUCUGUAGGCUACUAAACGCCGGCUUUUAAGAUAGUCAACGUCGGGUACUAGAGCCAUUUAAGUACUUCCUCGGCUAGAUAAUUAUUUGUAUGCUGUUCGUUUUAGUUUUGCGUGCUGUUUGUCGGUUAUUUUGGCACACAGUAAGCCUAUACUGAAUCAGCGGCACUUCAGUAUUAAGGGAUUGAUGAUGGUGUCGUGCCGUUAACAGGUAGAAAAAGACCCUCCGUUUCUAGUAGGCUACAGAGGGGAACGCAUUUUUUUAAAACCAGCAAGAACCGAAGCAGAGUACCUUUUUCGCUAUCGAUUUUCCAGGUUGUUCAGCGCUUACCCAAGAAGGUUGUUCUUUUAUGGAUUUGAUGACUGUUUGAUUGGUCGGUGAUGCCCAUUUACAUCAUCGAGCGAAAAUUUCCAGAGACACCUGGUGACUUAACACAGGCUGCACUUGAAGGACAGACUAUGGCAGAGAACAACACUCCCAAGUCUGCCAAGAAGCUGCGAUGGACAUCCCUGGAGAUUGGACUUAUAACUAUUGUGUCACUCCUCUUUAUUGUACUGGUUGCUUUGAUUGUACUGUUUGCAACACAACGGCAUGAUGCUGUUUGCACAAGCGCAGAUUGCACCCAAUCAGCUUCCCGCAUCAUUUCAAACAUGGACCCCAGCGUUAAUCCAUGUGAUAACUUCUACCAGUAUGCUUGCGGGGGCUGGCUGAAAAGGAACAUAAUCCCAGAGACCAGCUCCCGGUACAGCACCUUCGACAUCCUGAGGGACGAGCUGGAAGUUGUGCUGAAAGGUGUUCUUGAGAGGCAAGGCUCAAGUGACAGCAGUGCCUUGAUGAAAGCCAAGACGCUGUACAAAUCCUGCACAAAUGAAAGUACAAUUGAAAAAAGAGGCGGGACUCCUUUACACAACAUGCUGCCAGAUAUCUUCGAGUGGCCAAUGGCUGUGGACAACUGGGAGGUUGAUUAUGGCCAGACAUGGGCGGCAGAAGACUCCAUAGCAAGGCUAAAUGAGAAAUAUAGAAUGCAAAUCCUUCUUAAUUUUUACAUCGGAGCCGAUGACAGAGACUCCAAUUCCCAUAUUAUCCAUUUUGACCAACCUUCACUAGGCCUCUCCUCCCGGGAUUACUAUAUGUGCACAGGGCCCUAUGAAGAGGCAUGCAAGGCAUACCAAGAGUUCAUGUUCAAUGUGGCCUGGCUGAUCCGGACGGACCGAGGCCUAAGUGUCAACGAGACCCUGAUCGCGCAGGAGGUGACUCGAGUGAUGCAGCUGGAGAAGGAGCUCGCUAACGCCACAGACACACCCGAUGACAGGAACAAUCCCGUUUUUCUCUACAACAAAAUGCAAUUGCGUGUUCUCAAUGAGAACUUCACCUUACAGAUCGAUUCAAAAGAAUUUAACUGGACCCGUUUCACAAAUAAUAUCAUGAAAACAGUGAACAUCACAGUGACCGAAGAUGAGCAGGUGAUUGUGUAUGCCCCAAACUAUUUAUUGAGGCUGAAUCCCAUCCUUGCAGAAUACAGCCCAAGAGAUAUACAGAACUACUUGGUCUGGCGAUACGUGAUGAAUAUGGUGGUUGGUCUCAGCAGAGCAUACAAAAACACAAAAAAAGCCUUCCGAAAGGCCAUCUAUGGUACGACAUCAGAAACUGCUGUGUGGCGUCAGUGUGCCAAUUACGUCAACAACAACCUGGAAAAGGCAGUAGGAAGGCUGUAUGUGGAAGAGGCCUUCGCUGGAGAGAGCAAGGAAAUGAUGAAUGAAAUGAUUGCUGAGAUCAGGGAAGUCUUUGUGAAAAAUUUGGAUGACCUCAACUGGAUGGAUGCAGAGACCAGAAAAGCUGCUGAAGAAAAGGCGUGGGCCAUUCGAGAGAGGAUCGGCUAUUCGGAAAACAUCAAGGACAAUGCCUACUUGGACAAAGAAUACAAGGACUUGAGUUACAAUGAGGAGGAGUACUUUGAGAACAUCCUGCAAAAUCUUGAGUUCUUACAGAGGAAAUCACUGAAGAAAUUGAGACAGAAAGUGAACAAGGAAGAGUGGAUCUCAGGAGCAGCUGUUGUAAAUGCCUUCUAUUCCACCAACAGAAACCAGAUAGUAUUUCCUGCUGGUAUCCUGCAGCCUCCUUUCUUUGGCAAAGGGCAAGCCAAGUCUCUCAACUAUGGUGGCAUCGGCAUGGUCAUAGGCCAUGAAAUAACUCAUGGUUUUGAUGACAACGGGAGAAACUUUGACAAGGAUGGUGAUCUGAAGGACUGGUGGACUGCUGGGUCGACUGAGAAGUUCCAGGAGCUCUCAAAGUGCAUGGUCUACCAGUAUGGAAACUUCUCCUGGGACCUGGCUAAUGGUCAAAAUCUCAGUGGAAAUAAUACAUUAGGAGAGAACAUCGCUGACAACGGAGGGAUGCGUCAGUCAUAUCAAGCUUACCAGAACUAUGUGAUCAAACACGGGGAGGAGGCUCCACUGCCAGGGAUCAACCUCAACCACCAGCAACUGUUCUUCCUCAAUUUUGCCCAGGUUUGGUGUGGAACUCACAGACCCGAGCAUGCCAUCAACUCCAUAAAAACAGAUGUCCACAGCCCAGGAAAGUUCAGGGUGCUGGGCUCCCUGCAGAAUUUCCCAGAGUUUGCCAAAGCUUUCAACUGCCGGAGAGACUCCUACAUGGUGCCUGAGAAAACAUGUCAAGUUUGGUGAUGAACCAUAAGAGAGAGAAGUAAGGGGGUGUUCCCUCCUCUCCUAGGACUGUUAGACCACUAUGGCAGGGACAGGACUACUCCAUGCCUCUCCACAGGGUAGACUAGGGCUGUCACACUCACUUCCUGGAGGACUGUGGUGUGCAUACAGGGGGGUGCUGUUAUAGGAAAUAGCCAGACUCCUAGUUCUUCAAUUACAAACAAAAAAAUGUCCUUUUCUGUGUACCUGUGCACACAGCCAUGGUAAAUGUGCUAUGAUUUUGCAUAUUUGUGUAUUCACAGAACUAUUGAGCUAAAUGAUAUUUUAAAAAUCUUUCCCAUCAGGACUAAUAUUGCAAUGAAAUGAUCGGGAUCGUUGAACAGUUAUUGGAAAAAUCCCAGCACAUACACAAGGUCCUGCAAGAACUGAACUCGACUUCCUCUGGGGUAGAUCCACUAAAGCCACUGAAAUUACAGUGCACACCAAGUCUUUUGAUAUGUGUGUAUUUUUAUUUAUUUUCAUUAUAAAUUAGCAUAAUAUGCUUUAUUCAUACGUACUGGAAUAUAUGAGCCCAAUUCAGAAUAUUCAAAAACUGUAUUGCGACUUUUUACACAUACAAACACACACACACACACACACACACACACACACAUAUGAAAGUGUUCCUUCUGGCAUGUGGUGCCAGAAGCAUUGUUGCACGCCUUGUGGUGCCACAUGUGUAAUAAAUAAUUGCCUCAUUUCUAUAUAGCAUUAAAACAAAGGAAUAUUUAGUAGUUGCAAGUCACAAUACAGUUUUUCCUUCUAUAUAUACUUAAAGAUCAAAAUUUUAAUCUCUAGUACUGCGUCAAUCAAUAAUGUUGUCAGUGUUUUAUAGUUAAGUUAAAAUGUAGUUCACAGGUAUAUGUCUACAGAUAACAUAAACUUACACAAGGUGAAUGGUGUGCCUCCAGGAUUGUGGCAUCUUGCCUAACCACAGCGGUUGGUGUGGGUGUGCGACAUCCCUGGAUCUCCCCCUUCAAACCAGAUGGGGAAACUGUACAUGCUCACAGUUGUUCUGUAGAGUGUUAGUGUAAAAAGACAACAUUACCAGAUGACAAUGCCAAAGAUUGCCUGUCUCUUUCACUGGUUUUCCCUUAUAUUUGUUAUUAUAUUCAUGAUUGUGACAUAAUAAUGUCCUGUCUCAUAACCCACUACUCCCUACACAAGCCAAAUCAAAGUGCAUUUUUUAACAAAUCUUGAAAUUAACAUAACUUUCUGUAAGUUGUAUAAGAUGUAUAUUUUCUUUUCAUUUUUCUUUAUUAAAUGAGAAAUUAGGUUGUUUAAAUGAGAGUUGUGUACCAUCACACAGCAAAUUUCUGUUUCAAAAUGUAUGCUGCAUUUUUAAAAUACCUACUACUGUUUUUGUUUUACUUAGAUUCUCACACAUUUGAGACAAUGAACACAUCCCAAACCACAUUGCCAACAGAAAGAGACAGAAUUACCUCAAAUACUUUGUAAUGAGAAAAGAGCAUUUGUUUAAUAAAUUCUAAACAAUA